CGUGUGUCCCAAGGCAAGAGAAAAAAUAGUUGGUCAGUUUCCACGGCUAGUACCGCCUCUCAAAUUCUUAUUCAUUAUUGAACUCUUGGCAGUCAUUUCUCAAUGCCUGUUAUGCCUUAUGGCCUUCGGCCAGGCUGCUGAUGUUGGUGUGAUGGAUAUGAAAUUGGGCUAACAGUACUGUAGUAUUUUGUGAAAAAUCGAUUCAGAGGUGGUGGUCAUCUCCGAAGAGCUUGCAGCAAUGAUGAAAGGACAGCAGAGUGCGAAUUCUAAUAAUAAUGGCCUGUAUCAAGAAAAUAGAAGUGUCACUGGUGGGGAGGAGUAUCGCUUAUUUUCCCAACAUCGCGGGGCAGACUACCGGUCAAGAUUGACCGAAGCAGAAGCACCAUGGCAAGAGGGAGCAAUUGGAAAGGAGACCAUCGACUCACUCAGUAGCAUUUCUCUAGAUGACGAUGCCGCGGCACAUUCUAGCAGCUUUGCAGAGAUCAUCCCUGGUCGCCAGAUAUGGGAGCCUGCAGAUGGGCCGACUCCCGCCGCCCCCACGGAACGUCCUGCAGGGCCUCAGGGUGCCACCGCUGGCCCUCUCGAGAGCGUCUUCACGUCGAAAUGGGGCCUGGGCGGCAACGACAGCGCCUGGCUGCCGCUGCAGCACCAGCACCCGCACCCCCCGUCCCAGUCCAUGCAGGCGGAAACGGGCAGCAGCAGUGGCGGGGGCGCCGGUGUUGCUGGCGCCAGUACCAGUAGCAGCACCAGUAGCAGGCCGGCAGCGUCGGCUGCAGCAGCUGCACAACCGGCAGCCGCCUCUUUCUCGCCGGACGGCCUGUCUUCUUUCGUUUCGCCGCGCCAGUCCGAUUCGAGCACGGCUCACAUUUCGAUGGUCGAACGCUUGCUGGAUUCGUCCAACACGUUUCCUGAUUCUGACCCUGCGGCCUUCUACCAGCGCGUCAUUGGGCGUACAAACUUCCCACCUGGCCAGUCUGCUGAGAAUGCUUUCGCCGAAGGCAGCAGUACCAGCCCGGUUGGAGUUAUCGGUGCUGGCGAUGCCAGCUUGAUUUCUGAUACGGUCACGGUGGGGUCGGUAGCAGCAGCAGCUGUGCCAGAAGAAGCCGAUGCAGAGCUGCUCUCGCGCAGCUUUUCAGACAGUGCACUUCCCAUUGCGUCGGACAUGGCUGCAGCAACCAUCGCUAAAGGUGAUGCCGAGUCCAGCGCACCUCUCCCGGCUGCCGGCUCUCAGCGCUCGGCACGUGUGGAAGCGCAGAAGGCCGGUGGCGGCGUUGGCGUCGGCGCUGCUGUGCAAGAUGCGGUCGUGCAGCGCACACUGUCUGGCACUGACGUCAAAGUACGCGAUGCCAGCAGCCUUGCAAGUGCUCCAGUUCCUGCCACUGUGGUCGUGGUGCCCGCUUCUCCUCAAAGGUCGAGGAAAAGCUCUUCGUCCGCAGCGGCGGCUUCCAGUGCUACCGGAAAGCCCUCAUCGGCACCGUCUUCAGGACAAGCUCCCGUGGAGACGGCAGCAACACCAGGCAGCAUACCAUCUGCUCCUAGUUCUUCUGCUGGAGUUGCACCAGCGGUGGACACUGCUGGCAGUGGCGCGGAAGCCGGUCCCCAAGUUGCACUGCCACAGUUUGGCAAUAUGCCCCAGUACCAGCAAGUACUGGACCCGUCUGCUAUGCAUGCUAUGCAACAGCAGCAGCAAGGUCAACAUUUGCCUCCCCACAUGCAGCAGCAGCAGCCUGCUCAUCAGCAGCACAUGCAAAUGCCUCCACACCCUUUCUCAUUGCCGCCACAAGUUUUGCCGCCAUUCCUCCUCCAGUCCGUUGCCCAGCAGCAACAGCAACAGCAGCUUUUCCUUGCAAUGGCUCAACAGCAGCAGCAACAACAGCAGCAGCAACAGCAACAACAGCAGCAGUCUCAAGGUGUUCAGCAGCAACAACAACCGCUUCAACAACAGCAGCAACAACCUCCUCAGCAGCAAGCACAGGUGCAUGCUCAGUCAUCGCCCCAGCACCAACAGCAGCAGCAACAACAACCACAGCAGCAGCAGCAACAAUUACAAUCGCAAGCUCAGCAGCAACAGGUUAAUCAGGCCCUCCAUGCACUUCAACAGCAACAGCAACUUCAGCAAGCAUACAAUCCUGCCGCUCCAUUCUAUUUACCAAACCCAGGUCAGGCAGGUGGAACCCAAGAAGCCUUUUCCGCCAUGCUGGCAGCAGCUGCCGCCGCCGGAAAUCAUAUGUUGCCCCAGCAACUAGGGGCUGGCUAUCAGCUUCCUUGGGGCGCUAUAAAUCCGGCCUAUCUACAACAGCAGCAGCAGCAGCAACAACAGAAUCAACAGCCGUUGGUCCCAGGAGCAGCAGGCAUGGUCGGAGUCCCACCAUCAUCCAUUCCCAACACGGCCGCCUAUCCCACUCUUCCCGGGGCAGCGAAUUCUAAACCAACAGGUACUCAGUACUAUGGCGAUGCUAUGCAACAACAGCAGCAACAACAGCAGCAAGCACAACAACAGCAGCAGCAGCAACCACAACAGCAGCAGCCACAGCAGCAGCAAGCACAGCCGCCGCAGCAGCAGCAGCAGCAACAACAGCCACAGCAACAAGCCCAGCAGCCCCAACUCCAGGCUGGUCAGAAUAUGAUGUUGAACCCGCAGUCUUCGCUGAACCUUGCCGCUGCCAUGACCUUGCAGCAACAACAGCAGCAACAGCAACCAUUGCGCUUUAUGCAUGGCGCUGCUGCACCACAGCUAUAUCUACCGAAUGCUGGUACUCCUGGCGGCGGGGCGAUGCUCAACCCAGCGCUCCAGCCACAGUUGUUUGCACUACAGGGUGCAGCGGGGCCACCUGGCCAACUGCAGCAGGGCCAUCUGCCGGGACAGCAACAACAGCAGACAGCAAUGGCUGCUAAUGUGUAUCUGCAGGCAGCUACCAACGCCCUAGUUGCAAAUUCGGCUGCGCAGCUUGGUCUCGGUCUGGGAAAUCUUGCCAACCCUGCCGGCCUUGGGCUGGAUAGCAGUCGCCUGGCAGCCCUGGGCAUGCCACAGCAGCCACCGCAUCAUCAGCAGCUCUUCACCCACGAGGACUACCUGAAGCGCGCUGCUGCGGGCAUGCAGCCACUGAUGGGCGGUCAGCAAGGCAUGCCGCAGCCACUGCCCGGCUUGACAGCGGCGGCACGCACUGGCAGCGGCGGGGCAGGAUCGUCGGCUAGCUCCAUGGACAAGAAACACCGGCCGAGCGGCGCCUCGUCGCCUUCACUGUCCGGCGGAGCUUACGCACCGGGCGGUAUGUUCAUGGGAGGCCGGCGCUCCGCCAAGGACGGAUCCAAUCGCAGUCGGCUGCUCGAGGACUUCCGAAACUCGCGCUUCCAGCAGCUAUCGCUGCGCGAGAUCAUCGGUCACAUUGUGGAGUUCUCCCAGGAUCAGCACGGCUCCCGCUUCAUUCAGCAAAAACUCGAGCACGCCGCGCAGAGCGAGAAGGACGCCGUGUUUGGCGAGAUCAUCCCGUCGUCGUACCAGCUGAUGACCGACGUGUUUGGAAACUACGUGAUUCAGAAGUUCUUCGAGUUCGGCUCCGAAGCACAGAAGCAGGCCCUGGUGGAGAACAUCCAGGGACGAGUGCUGCAGCUGGCUCUGCAGAUGUAUGGCUGUCGUGUAAUCCAAAAAGCACUGGAGACCAUCACACACGAGCAGCAGCAACAACUUAUCAAGGAGCUGGACAGCCAUGUGCUCAAGUGCGUCAAGGAUCAAAACGGCAACCAUGUCGUUCAGAAAUGCAUUGAGUGUGUCCAGUCGACCUCUCUGCAGUUCAUCAUCGACGCCUUUCACAAUCAGGUGCUGCCGCUGUCCACGCACCCGUACGGCUGCCGGGUCAUCCAGCGCAUGCUGGAACACUGCAGUCCGGAGCAGACCGAGCCGUUGCUGAAGGAGCUGCAUGCGGACGUUGUGCGCCUGGUGACGGAUCAGUAUGGCAACUACGUAGUGCAGCAUGUCCUGGAGCGUGGCGCCCAGAUUGACAAGACCCACAUUGUCGAUGCCCUGCGUGGCAACAUUCCCGAACUCAGUCAGCACAAGUUUGCCAGUAACGUGGUUGAAAAGUGCGUGACGUACUGCACGCGGCAAGAGCGCUCGGGAUUGGUCGAUGAGAUCUGCGCCUGUUCUGAUGCCCUGCUGUACACGCUGAUGAAAGAUCAGUAUGCCAACUACGUUGUGCAGAAGAUGAUUGAGAUGGCGGAGGUGGCGCAGCGCAAGUCUCUGAUGCUGAAGAUCCGCCCGCACAUGGCCAACCUGCGUAAAUACACGUACGGCAAGCACAUCCUGGCCAAGAUUGAGAAGUACUUGCCGCGUUCGACCAGCUCCUCGGCGACUCCAUCUCCGUCAGAGACCCCGGUGUCGCACCUGGGAAAUCUCUAACUGCGAGUAUGUACAGCCUCAUCGUCAUCAUUAUCAUCAUCAUCAUCAUCAUCAAUGCCAUCUUUUUCAUCUGCAGCUAGCUGUUGUCUGCCAGUCCUGUGAUAAUCCCAGGAAAUGCUGCCACAGCCUGAACUGCAGCCGUGCUAUGGUGUUGGCUCCACCGUGGCCGCAUAUCUCUUAGCAUGUCACCAGCAUGCCACCAGUAUGCUGCGUGUGCUCCACCACUCUGUCAAUAAUCUGCACAAAUUGUCGUACAUAGUUGUCGUCGCGAUCGUCCCAUCCCCGCCCGGUUCAUGUAGUUAUGUGGCAAAAUAUCUCACCGCCUUGCUCUCCGCUGGAUUUACAGCAGGCGUGCGCGCGGAGGUUCCGUCUUUGUCCUUCGCUCAUCACGCUUGAUGAUCUUGCACACUUCUUUCCUCUGUACAGUAAUCAGUUGUAUGAUGCCCCCCGGUUUUGGUUCCUUCGCUCCCGGUUUUGGUUCCUUCGCUCCCGGUUUUGGUUCCUUCGCCCCCGGUUUUGGUUCCUUCGCCCCCGGUUUUGGUUCCUUCGCCCCCGGUUUUGGUUCCUUCCGGCAGGCGGCUAGCAGCACACCGUAGCGCUCUAUUGGCUGCAUCGUGCCUGCAGAUGUCUUAGAACAUUGCUAGUGUCACCUCGUCCGUUUGGUCUCACGGACGCUCGUCAGCCGAUGCAUCUCUCUCCCGGUGUCAUCAUUGUGUGUUAUGCUUGUAUAGGAAACUCCUUCUCAACUGGUCUUCGGUGUGCUUCCAGUUUUCAGUUGGUAACUGCACCGCUGCAUUCCUCUGUUUUGUAUUCUGCGUUGUGCCCGUCAAAUGAGCCUUUGAGGGCACCAUGCAUGGCUCUCAGCGUAGAUUCUCUUGCUCGGCCUGGCCUGUGGGCGCUGUGCUCUGACUGUCCCAAUGCACGCGUGUACCGGUGUGCGUCGCGUAGCAAGCGGCCGUGCAUGAACAGCAACGUGUGCCCACAUGCGUGUGUGUGUAUCUGUAUGUAUGUAUGUAUGUAUGUACAUGUAUGUACCUUGUGUGUCCGUGUGUGCGCAGCCUUGUAUGUACUGGUGUGUAUGUGUGUGGGUGUGGGUGUGAGUGGGUGUGCACACCACACGCGAGUGCACUCGUGUGUGUGUGUGUGUGUGUGUGUGUGUGUGUGUGUGUGUGUGUGUGUGUGUGUGUGUGUUUAUGCAUACUAAUGUGUAUACUAUAGAUAACCCCCUCUCUCUCUCUCCCAGUGUAGAUGACAGCUGAUACUUUACUGCACUUAUCUUAUCCCACGUGUAAUUUUUCCUCAGCUCAUUGCCCACAGUUUCACAAUCAUGUUAUCCCAGUGCACUGUUGCCUCCAUUGAUCACCGUAUUCGCGAGUCUGUGCUCCUGGUACUCCUGUUUGGCUCUUCGCCCAGGUCUUCUUGAUUCCCGCCGUUUCCCCGGUCUGGUUCGAUUUGCCUGUGGAGCUGCUGCCUUCUUUCCAUGUUCUUGCGUUGUCGUCUUGCGUUGUGUCUUUCAGCUGAUGCUGUUGAUCAUGUGGUUGUUGCCUGCUUGGGUGUUGUAUCGCUUUGGCCAUCUUCGCUUCUCCAAGCCGGGUCUCGUCUCCUGCUCUCCUGGCCUGUUUUCGGCAAUGGCCUUUGCUGAGUGUCUUGCCCCGUAACCGACACUAUUGCAGUCAUCGGUUCUGCGUGCAUGUAUCAUCUGUGAACCGUUUUGUUCUGUGUGUGUGCAUGCAUAUCCUUUGCUAGGCUGGCGGUUUUGCCUGAUGGCCCCAGCCUGUGUAUGUGUGUAGUACGCAUGUGCUGCUGCUUGUUCGCCUCCGCCUCUGUUUGCUCUCUCUCUCUCUCUCCAUCUCCAGUCUGUCGCUUGGUGUGUUUUUUCUGCUUACAACCCCCUAUGGCUUGUACAUUUGUACAUUGUGUAUACGAAGGUGUGUGAAAUGCGUGUGUGUCUUAUUAAGUGUGUGCUGUUAGAGCCGCUUUUUUUCUCGUUUCCUUUCCCCUCAAGCUACACCACCUGUACAUCUGCUUCCCCUCUUAUCUCUCCCUUAUCCCACUCCCACUGAUAGCUUGGAUUGAUGUGCUCCACAACACAGUCACCCGGGGCCCCACUGACCAUGCAUUUAUUACGCGUUUCUUGCUAAGCUUUCUUAUUAUGAUAGUAGCUGCAGUGUGUGUGUGUGUCUAUGUGUGUUAUUCUUUUUUUGCCUUGUGCCUCUGUUUCAUAUCCACCACCUGUCCCCAUUCCAUUAUCCGUGUACAAAUAACUUCCGUAGUGGAAUAGCGCAACAAUUCAUCCACCCAA